CAUUUUCAUAUCUGCAUAAACGUGCAUAUAUAUAUAUAUAUAUAUGUGCUCAAGAGGGAUGAUACACUUUAUGGAUUCCCCUUCACGAUUAUGAUGAUGAAGAUCCUUUAGAUAUCUGACUUGAACUUGUUUAUAUUGGAGGCGAUGAUUAUUGUUAUACAGACCUGUUCUGAAACAUUAAUGUGGAAUCAUAACAUGCAUCACCAUAUGAGCUUCUCCAAUGCAUAUUGCAUUUAUAUUGAUUGUUCCAAAGGACGUGCUAGGAUUAUUGUUAUACAGACCUGUUCUGAAAUAUUAAUGUGGAAUCAUAACAUGCAUCACCAUAUGAGCAUAUCAAAGAUCCUUUGUUCAUGUAGUAGUCACGUAGUAUGUAGCCACGGAACGGAGGUGAUGACGAUCACUUUUUCCUGUGUCUUUGAUUCUAUGAUAGAAACAAUAUUGUGGAGCAUGACAACACCUAAAGCGCUUAUCCUUUCCCGUCGAAAUGCAUGUGUGUGUAGCUGUAGUAGAGUACUAUGAUGAAACCUUACACCUCCUUAAUUCAACCGUGUUGAUUUCAAUUCUGUGUUAUCAUCCUGAGACUCUACUACAGUACAUACUAGUUAGUACUUGUGUGUAUGUCAUGCCUGCAUUUCAUGUAUUGUCGCCAGCA